AUGUCAUCACUUCUUCUCAGUGGUGCCUCAGGCGCCAUCUUCGGCUCUGCCCUAACAGCAUCUGGGGUUUAUUCCCCCUCUGUGAUCGUUUCGCAGAUGGGAUUGAGUAAUUUCCACAUGCUCAAAUCCUUCCUCGCGGCCAGCGCGUGCAGCGCUCUCAUCAUCGCCGGAGCAAAUCGAUCUGGAUACGCCAAACUCCCUCAUCGGACUGAUUCAUCGUAUGGUUGGUUUAUGAAAUAUGAUGCCAACAUCGUUGGUGGCUUGCUUCUGGGUGUCGGCAUGACCUUGACCGGGGCAUGUCCCGGAACCGUUCUUGUGCAAAUGGGUUUGGGAAUCAAAUCCGCGUGGAGUGUGGCCGCCGGGGGGGUAUUGGCGGGGAUCGUGUUUGCCAAAAUUGGACAACGGCUCAAGAGAACUCAAUCAACCACGUCUUCGGGCCCUGGCAAAUACACGAUCCAAGACAAGACCGGCCUCUCCACGACCUCAACUAUCCUGAUCUAUGAACUCCUCUGUCUGCUUAUGAUGGCAGGAGCCUCUUACCUCGCCCCUACCAGGGAAUACUGGCUCAAUCCUAUUAUCGGCGGCUUUCUCAUCGGCAUUGCGCAGGCAACUUCAGUUCUGUUCACUCGCAAAACUCUCGGCGUUUCAGGCGCAUACCAAGAUAUUGGGAAAUAUUUCUGGAGCCUCCUCGAAGGUACUUCGGGGCCCGGUCUGUCCAACAUUGUGUUCGCGAGUGGUGUCAUUGCUGGAUCAAAAUUGAUUUCUCAAUACGUCCCCAUCAUCACUGAGACGGGGCCAGCCAUUAGCCGUCUCACGGCGUUAGCUGGUGGAUUUGCCAUGAUCUUUGGCGCCAGGCUCGCUGGUGGUUGCACCAGUGGGCACGGCAUCAGCGGAAUGUCGACCAUGAGCUUGAGCAGCUUCAUCACCGUUGCCAGCAUGUUCGCUGGUGGCGUUGGAGCUGCCCUUUUGUUACUAUGA